AUGACAGUAGCUCUGGCCGGUACCAACAGCUGGGAAAGGGCCAGUGCAGAGGAGGUGGUCAGCUCUCCUCGCUUCCCCGUGUUCGGCCUGGUCAAGGGCAGGAAGUACUGCUUCAGAGUCUGCGCUGUCAACAAGUUCGGAGUCAGUGACCCCUCGGCCCCCAGCGCUCCGUUGUGCUUGGGAAAACCACAAGCUUUGCCCGCCCCCCCACACUCCCUCAUGCCCCUCAGAGACUCAGACACCUCUGUGCAGCUGAAGUGGCAGGAACCCCAGGACACAGAGUGCAUUCUGGGAUACUACCUGUACUGCUGUGAGGUCGGCAAACAGAACUGGGAAACCAUCAACAACAAACCAUACACCAAACCCAGCUUCACCGUAGACGGCCUGAAGACGGGGAGAGAGUACGUGUUCAGAGCCAAGUCCGUGAGUCGAGCCGGAAACAGCGUCUAUUCAGAGGAGUCUCUGCCCAUCAGGGUCAAAGCAGCGAUCAGAGUGCCGUCUGCUCCCUCGGCCAUCGCUCUGCUGCUGUGCACGGGCUCAGAGAUGGUGUUGGGCUGGCGGGGCCCUGCUCACAGCGGGGGGGCCCCUGUGUGCGGGUACUACCUGGACAAGAAGGAAGAGGGAGCGAUGGAGUGGAAACAGGUCAACGAGGCGGCUGUCAAAGAGAGGAAGCUCAAGGUGUCCAACUUGACCAGUGGAGACUUUUACCGAUUCCGUGUGUUUGCUGCGAAUGUGGUGGGAGUGGGAAAGCCCUCGGAGCCCAGCGAUCCGUUCCUCUGUGAGAAGUGGACGAUGCCAGAACCAGGCUGUCCCUAUGACUUACAGAUCAGGGAGGUCCGAGACACGUCCCUGGUGGCGGUGUGGGCUCCACCUCUGUAUGAAGGACACAGCCCGGUCACUGGAUACUUCCUGGAGCUCAGCCUGGGCCUUCAGUCGGACCAGUGGACCGCUGUGACCGAGCAGCCCGUCUGUGGGACACACUACAAGGUGUCAGGUCUGGAGACAGGUCAGACGUGUCGCUUCAGAGUGACAGCCGUGAAUGAAGCUGGAGCUGGGAGUCCCUCUCUGCCCUCUGAGCCCGUCACGGUCGCUACUCCUCCAGGUCCAGUAGAUUUAAGUUAUUAG